AUGCCCUCUACGGAUCCUAACGAUGCCGCUACUUCUCCCGGUGGCGUUUUUUGUUUCUCCCAGACUUCUGCUAACAUGCACAUGCCUGAAGCCAUUCCCCUGCCUGACACUGCUACUUCAACGGUGGUCAAGGCUUUUAUCAGUCGUUGGGUUGCCAUCUCUGGUGCACCCUCCACUAUCACGACUGACCGUGGUGCCAAAUUUGAAUCUAACCUCUUCCAGUCUUCUUACGGAAUUCACUCGCUCUGUUAUGCCUUACAGGCUCUUUCUCGAGCCCAACCAGCAGCCGCACAGCGGCGCAUUAUAUAG